CAGUUUCAGUCAUCCGAAAAUUCGAUCCCGCUUGGAGAAGUUGAUGGGCAAUAACGUCUUCAGUUUGACUGAUAGGGAGUAUAUGCAAAAAUUGCAGGAGAAGUUACUUGAAGAUUAUGCCGACUCGAUGAAUGAGAGGAUUAAAAACAGAGAGAUCAAGCUACACAAGUCACACCGACCGACCUACCCGCAGCCAGAUGAAGCCCCUGAUCCAGGAUCGGACUUAACCAUGGAAAAAGAACACGAACUGUCGCCGGCGCAUGUCAAACUGUGCUUGUCUUACGAAAAGUUUUUAGGAUCGAUGGAAUCUGAGGAAUCCGAACAGAACGAAUUCAUCAUGGAUCCUGAGCAGUUAGAGGUGAUCCAUUACGAAGACCCUUUGCUCAAGCAGCUCAGAAAUUGCGAGACAGUUGAAGAACUGUAUGAAGUUGCAGAUCAGAUAAUAGGAUCAUUAAGGACUGUAGAAGAAAAAGACACAACGUCACAGAAAAUAACUAGAGAGGCUGAAGGUUGACCACAAUUGAAAACUAAAUUAAAAAUCCGACCUUUAGUGAUGUUAUAACGUUUCCCUAAUUUUAUAAGUUUGGAUUGCAUAUUAUGGAAGAAGUACGU